AUGUAUAGUGCCGCAAGUGGCCUCGGCGCGGGAGGUUUGCAAGAUAUCUCACUCGUAGACACAUCGAACAGCGUACUCUACGCCCUGUUUGCCGUCACGGGCCUUGUCAGUGGCGGUAUAGCCAACGUUCUCGGACCGAGGUUGACGCUCUUCAUCGGUACACUCGGCUACGCUCUCUAUGUCGGAUCGCUUUGGUGCUACCAGACACAGGGUGCCGCCUGGUUCCUCAUCCUGGCAGGUGCACUCUUGGGUAUCUCUGCUGCGUUACUAUGGUCGGCCCAGGGAGCGAUCAUGAUGAGCUACCCGCUGGAAAAAGAUAAGGGGAAAGCGUUUGCGAUCUUUUGGGCUAUCUUCCAAUCCGGCUCCCUCAUCGGCUCUCUUAUCGCCCUCGCCAUCAACAUUCGCCGGGGCGGCCUCAAUGCUGUCUCGACUUCAACAUACAUCGCUUUCUUGGUUAUCAUCUUUGUCGGUGUUGCCUCUGCGUUUUUGGUGCUGCCUCCGAACCACAUCGUCCGCGGCGAUGGUACACUCGUGAAGCUCCAAGCUGUCUCGAAGCCUCGCCAAGAGCUCGUUGGAAUGUGGAAUACGCUCAAAGACUGGCGUUUAGUCGCACUGCUCCCCAUGUUCUUCGCCUCGAAUUACUUUUACGCCUACCAGGGAGCAGUCAACACCGCGUGUUUUGAUGAUCCUACGCGCGCGUUGAACUCGGUGCUGGAGAGCGCGGGUGCCAUUAUCGGCGCGCUCCUGAUAGGCCCCUUCGUGCUCGAUCUCAAAUGGCUCCCUCGGCGCACGCGCGGAUACUUCGGCCUCGGUGUUGUGGUCGUGAUUGUGAUUCCGCUCUGGUCGUGCGGCCUUGCAUGGCAAGUCACUUUCGACCGCGCUAAGGCGGCGGCUUUGCCGAAGAUCAACUACAAGGAUGCGUCGUACAGGAGCAAGGCCCCACUGUUCUUCUUCUAUUAUGUCGGCGACGCCUGUUAUCAAGCGCUCGCAUAUUGGAUCAUGAGUGCGCUGAGCAAUGAUCCCUUCACACUCGCACGGUUCGCCGGCAUGUACAAGGCUGUGCAGAGCGCGGGAGCUGCGGGAGCCUUUGGCAUGGACGCGGUGGAAACGCCAUUUCUGAAUGAGCUGCUUGCCAGCUGGAUCAUGAUGUUGUUCUCGUUUCCGUUCGCGUUCCUCGUCCUGCGGACCGUGAAAGAGACGAACUACAAUGACGAACAGGUCGUAUACGCUGACGAUGUGCAACAAAGCAUGAUAGAACAAGGCCACAUAUCCAAAGGCGAGAUUGGGUCAAUGGAGAAUGUUGACAUUACAGCCGAAGUGGCGGAGGUCAAGACACAGGUGCAUGUGGAUAGGGACACGUGA